GAGGAAAAUCAGGUGAAAUUGUGUGAAAAAUUGUGUUCCCACUGUGGAUUAACCCCUCAGCUAGACGAUUGCAGCACCGGUCUAGGUAGCUGCCUCAGGAAUAUAGUGGACAGAUAAUUUUACUAAAAAAAAAAAAAACAAUGACAACAGACAUUUCCGUGGUGCGCUGGGAUCCCAGCCAGGGAACCGGUGGGGAGUAUAUCGAUGAAUAUGAGUACGAUGGAGGAAAUUCUAGUUCCCGUCUUUUCGAACGAUCACGAAUUAAGGCGUUGGCAGAGGAACGUGAAACGGUGCAGAAGAAAACCUUCACGAAAUGGGUCAAUUCACACUUAGUGCGUGUGAAUUGUCGCAUUCAAGAUCUCUAUGUGGAUAUGCGUGAUGGAAAGAUGCUGAUACGUUUGUUGGAGGUCCUGUCUGGUGAGCGUUUGCCAAAGCCCACCAAGGGAAAGAUGCGAAUACACUGCUUGGAGAAUGUGGACAAAGCCCUGCAAUUUCUGCGUGAACAGCGUGUUCACCUGGAAAAUAUCGGCUCCCAUGAUAUUGUCGAUGGAAACUCCAGUCUGAAUUUGGGUCUCAUCUGGACGAUUAUUCUGAGAUUCCAGAUUCAAGACAUCACGAUCGAGGAGGUGGACAAUAAGGAGACAAAAUCAGCAAAGGAUGCCCUAUUGCUGUGGUGCCAGAUGAAAACAGCCGGCUAUCAGAAUGUCAAUGUGAGAAAUUUCACUACAUCCUGGCGCGAUGGUCUUGCAUUUAAUGCUAUCAUUCACAAACAUCGUCCUGAUUUAAUUCAAUUUGACAAAUUGUCCAAGACAAAUCCAAUGCACAAUCUCAAUAAUGCCUUCAAUGUGGCCGAAGAUAAGUUGGGUUUGACAAAACUCCUAGAUGCUGAGGAUGUAUUUGUUGAACAUCCGGAUGAAAAGUCAAUAAUCACUUAUGUUGUGACCUACUAUCACUACUUCAGUAAAAUGAAGCAAGAGACGGUGCAGGGUAAGCGUAUUGGAAAGGUCGUUGGUAUUGCCAUGGACAAUGAGAAGAUGAUUAAUGACUAUGAGACAUUUACCAGUGAUCUAUUGAAAUGGAUUGAAAGUACGAUUGUUCAAUUGGGUGAUCGUACAUUUGCCAAUUCACUUUUGGGGGUGCAGCAGCAAUUGGGUCAAUUUGCCAACUAUCGUACAGUUGAGAAACCACCUAAAUUUGUGGAAAAGGGUAAUUUGGAGGUGCUCCUGUUUACACUGCAGUCAAAAAUGCGUGCAAACAAUCAGAAACCCUAUACACCCAGAGAGGGUAAAAUGAUUUCUGACAUCAAUAAGGCAUGGGAGCGCCUCGAGAAGGCGGAACAUGAGAGGGAGUUAGCACUUAGGGAGGAAUUGAUUAGGCAGGAGAAACUUGAACAAUUGGCAGCUCGUUUCAAUCGUAAGGCAUCGAUGAGGGAGACAUGGCUAUCGGAGAAUCAACGUCUUGUCAGUCAGGAUAAUUUUGGUUUUGAUUUGGCUGCCGUAGAGGCUGCUGCCAAGAAGCACGAAGCCAUUGAGACGGACAUUUUUGCGUAUGAGGAACGUGUGCAGGCUGUUGUGGCAGUUUGUGAUGAACUUGAGGCGGAACGCUAUCAUGAUAUUGAUCGUAUUGUGGCUAGGAAGGAGAAUGUUCUGCGUUUGUGGAAUUAUCUAUUGGAAUUGUUGCGAGCACGUAGAAUGCGCCUUGAAUUGUCAAUGCAGCUACAACAGAACUUCCAGGAGAUGCUAUACAUUCUGGAUUCCAUGGAGGAGAUCAAGCAGCGUUUGUUGACCGAUGACUAUGGCAAGCAUUUGAUGGGUGUGGAGGAUCUGUUGCAGAAGCAUUCGCUGGUAGAGGCAGAUAUCAAUGUUCUGGGUGAACGUGUAAAGGUAGUGGUGCAGAAUUCUCAGCGAUUCCUCGGGGAAGAUGUCGAUGGCUACAAGCCGUGCGAUCCUGCGAUAAUUGUGGACCGAGUGCAACAACUCGAGGAUGCCUAUGCUGAAUUGGUGCGACUGGCAGUUGAACGUCGUUCUCGUCUCGAUGAAUCCCGUCAACUGUGGCAAUUCUACUGGGACAUGGCUGAUGAGGAGAAUUGGAUCAAGGAGAAGGAACAAAUUGUCUCAACUGGAGAUAUUGGUCACGAUUUGACCACAAUUCAUUUACUCCUUUCCAAGCACAAAGCCCUAGAGAGUGAGAUUCACUCUCAUGAUCCACAGCUGAUGUCCGUGGUGUCUGUUGGUGAUGAAUUGGUGCGUCAAGGACACUUUGGUGCUGACAGAAUUAAGGAUCGUCUCAAGGAGAUUCUUGCUAUGUGGAAUCAUUUGUUAGAUCUAACGGCCUAUCGUCGGAAGCGUCUAGAAGAUGCUGUUGAUUACUUCCAGCUCUUUGCUGAUGCCGAUGACAUUGACAAUUGGAUGUUGGAUACUCUGAGAUUGGUGUCGUCCGAGGAUGUUGGACGUGAUGAGGCCAAUGUACAGAGUUUGCUGAAGAAGCACAAAGAUGUGGCUGAUGAGUUGAAAAACUAUGCUGAUACAAUUGAACAGUUGCAUAAUCAAGCCCAAGGACUCACUCUCACUGAUGAGGAACAGAAGAAUGUGUCUGAACGUUUGGCUGCCAUUGAUGCUCGUUACAAGGAACUCAUGGAACUGUCGAAAUUGCGCAAACAGCGUCUACUUGAUGCUCUUUCCCUCUAUAAACUCAUGUCAGAGGCUGAUGGUGUUGAACAAUGGAUUGGUGAAAAGGAGAAGAUGCUGAAGACAAUGACACCUGGAAAGGACAUUGAGGAUGUUGAAAUUAUGAAGCAUCGUUAUGAUGGAUUUGACAAGGAAAUGAAUGCCAAUGCAUCACGUGUAGCUGUGGUCAAUCAAUUGGCCAGGCAACUCUUACACGUUGAGCAUCCUAAUUCUGAGGAAAUCCUCGCUAGACAGAAUCAUCUCAAUCAAGAGUGGUCCAAGUUGCGUGAUCAGGCUGAAGCGAAGCGUGAUCAGUUGAAAUCUGCCCAUGGUGUGCAGACAUUCUACAUUGAGUGUCGUGAGACCAUUUCGUGGAUUGAGGACAAGAAGAGGAUUCUCAAUGAGACAGAUAAUCUUCAGAUGGAUUUGACUGGUGUAAUGACACUCCAGCGUCGUCUCAGUGGCAUGGACAGAGAUUUGGCAGCAAUUCAGGCCAAAUUGAAUGCCCUUGAAAGUGAGGCAGCUGCCAUUGAGGGUGAACAUCCAGAGGAGGCAGCACUGAUUCGUGAACGUAUCGCACAGAUUCAGCUGAUCUGGGAACAAUUGACUCAUAUGCUGAAAGAUCGUGACAGUAAACUCGAAGAAGCAGGUGAUUUGCAUCGCUUCUUGCGUGAUCUGGAUCACUUCCAGGCAUGGUUGACCAAGACACAGACCGAUGUUGCUAGUGAGGAUACUCCUACAUCUCUACCAGAGGCAGAGAAAUUACUCAAUCAACAUCAAAGUAUCCGUGAAGAGAUUGACAAUUACACAGAGGAUUACAGUAAGAUGAUGGAAUAUGGCGAGGGAUUGACAUCUGACCCAACACAAAACGAAGAUCCUCAGUACAUGUUCCUGAGAGAGCGUCUAAAGGCCCUCAAGGACGGUUGGGAAGAGUUGCAUCAGAUGUGGGAGAAUCGUCAAGUAUUGCUGUCACAGAGUCUUGAUCAGCAACUCUUCAAUCGCGAUGCACGUCAGGCUGAGGUUCUUCUCAGUCAACAAGAACACUUCCUCAGCAAGGAUGAUACACCAUCGAAUCUUGAACAGGCUGAGAAUCAGCUGAAACGCCAUGAAGCUUUCCUCACCACUAUGGAGGCCAAUGAUGAUAAGAUCAACACAAUUGUCCAAGUGGCAGAUACUCUGGUAGAGAAGGAACACUACGAUGCCGAUAAGAUUCACAAGAGGGCUGAUUUGAUCAAUCAGCGUCGUGAUGCAAAUCGCGAAAAGGCCGUAGAACAGCACGAUAAACUGAAGAAUCAACUGAAACUUCAUGAAUUCCUGCAGGAUCUCGAGGAAUUGACCGAAUGGGUGCAGGAAAAACAUAUCAUUGCCCAAGAUGAGACUUACAGGAGCACCAAAACCAUCCACUCCAAGUGGACCAGACAUCAGGCAUUUGAGGCUGAAAUUGCUGCAAAUAAGGAGCGUCUGUUUGAGGCACAAAAGGCCGCAGAGGAACUCAUGAAGGAAAAGCCUGAAUUCCGGGAUAUUAUUGAGCCAAAACUCAAGGAAUUGAGCAAACAAUUUGAUGAACUUGAGACUACCACCAAGAGUAAGGGUGCUGAACUCUUUGAUGCCAAUCGUGAGGUUCUGGUUCAGCAGACAUGUGACGACAUCGAUUCUUACAUCACUGAUUUGGAGAAGCAGAUAAUCAAUACAGACACUGGAAAUGACCUUACCUCGGUGAAUAUUCUCAUGCAGAAGCAACAGGUGAUUCAGACACAGAUGGCCGUGAAGGCACGUCAAGUGGAGGAAAUGGAUAAACAGACAGAUUAUCUACAGAAGACUAUUCCAACAGAACAAGUUGAACCACUAAUGACCAAGAAAGUGGCAGUUGCUGAGAGAUUUGAACGCAUCAAGGCACCAUUGCUGGAGCGUCAGAAGCAGUUGGAGAAGAAGAAGGAAGCUUUCCAGUUCCGUCGUGAUGUUGAAGAUGAGAAAUUGUGGAUUAAUGAGAAACUCCCACUUGCGAAUUCUUCAGACUUUGGUUCAUCGCUCUUCAAUGUGCACAUGCUGAAGAAGAAGAAUCAGAGUCUGGCCACAGAAAUUGACAAUCAUGAACCACGCAUUCAUACAAUUUGCAAUAAUGGACAAAAACUCAUUGAUGAGGGUCAUGAGGAUUCUGAUGAAUUUAAAGAUCUCAUCAGGCAGCUGACAGAGAAAUGGCAAGAGCUUAAGGAUGCCAUUGAAGCACGUCGCAAGCAACUGGAUAAUUCAGAGAAGAUUCAACAGUACUUCUUUGAUGCUACUGAAGCUGAAUCUUGGAUGAGUGAACAGGAGUUGUACAUGAUGGUGGAGGAUCGUGGCAAGGAUGAGAUAAGCGCACAAAAUCUCAUGAAGAAACAUGCAUCACUUGAGCAAUCUGUUGAAGACUAUGCAGCUACAAUUCGUCAAUUGGGUGAGACAGCUCGUCACUUAACUUCCGAACAGCAUCCCUAUGUAGAUGCUGUAUCCCUUAAACAGUCUCAGCUGGACAAAUUGUAUGCUGGACUCAAGGAUCUGGCUGGAGAACGUCGAGCUCGUCUCGAUGAGGCUCUUCAGCUGUUCACGUUGAACCGUGAAGUUGACGAUCUUGAACAGUGGAUUGCAGAGCGAGAACUUGUGGCGGUGUCUCAGGAACUCGGUCAGGAUUAUGAUCAUGUCACCCUACUUUGGGAGCGAUUCAAGGAAUUUGCCCAGGAUACAGCUGCCGUUGGUGGGGAGCGUGUAGCCAAGGCUAAUGGCAUUGCUGAUGAUUUGAUCCAUGCUGGUCAUUCAGAUGCUGCUCUAAUUGCCGAAUGGAAGGACAAUCUGAAUGAAUCUUGGCAGGAUCUGCUCGAAUUGAUUGAUACUAGAACACAAAUGUUGGCAGCUUCCCGUGAACUCCAUAAAUUCUUCCAUGACUGCAAGGAUGUUUUGGGACGUAUUCUUGAGAAGCAGCAUGGUGUUUCUGAUGAAUUAGGUCGCGAUGCUGGUUCCGUGUCGGCACUGCAGAGGAAGCACAAUAACUUCAUUCAGGAUUUGAUGACGCUCUACUCCCAAGUUCAGCAGAUUCAGGAAGAAUCGGCUAAAUUGCAGGCCAGCUAUGCUGGUGACAAGGCCAAGGAGAUUACCAAUCGUGAGCACGAAGUACUGGCAGCAUGGGCUAAUUUGCAGGGUGUCUGUGAGGCACGCAAGGCCAAGUUGGCUGACACUGGUGAUCUCUUCAAGUUCUUCAACAUGGUGCGUACUCUGAUGCUGUGGAUGGAGGAUGUGGUGAGGCAGAUGAAUACGUCUGAGAAGCCCAGAGAUGUGUCUGGUGUGGAGCUAUUGAUGAAUAACCAUCAGAGUCUCAAGGCUGAAAUUGAUACGCGCGAAGAUAACUUUGCCGCUUGUGUGUCCUUGGGCAGAGAGCUUCUGGCUAGAAAUCACUAUGCUGCACAAGAUAUCACAGAUCGUCUCGUCCAACUCACAAACAGUCGCAAUGCACUGCUUCAUCGUUGGGAAGAGCGUUGGGAGAAUUUGCAGCUCAUCUUGGAGGUUUAUCAAUUCGCCCGAGAUGCUGCUGUUGCUGAAGCAUGGUUGAUAGCACAAGAGCCAUAUCUGAUGUCAACUGAACUGGGCCACACCAUUGAUGAAGUGGAAAAUUUGAUUAAGAAGCACGAGGCGUUUGAGAAAUCAGCUGCUGCUCAAGAGGAACGAUUUAGUGCUUUGGAGCGAUUAACUACGUUUGAGCUCAAAGAGAUGAAACGUCGUCAGGAGGCUGCUGAAGAGGCGGAAAGACAGCGCAAGCAAGCUGAAGCUGAUGCACGUGCAGCUGAACAGGCCCAAGCUGAAGCUGCACGUCAGGCUGAGGCAUCAGCUAGGGAUUCAGCCGAUGCACCUGGAUCACCACAUUCUGGACGUGAACACGAAGCCGACACAGUGCAUGAGAAUGUAAUGCAUGAUUCAGGCAGUAAUCGGAAGGAUGGGAGAAGUGGCGACAUUGGUGGUCAUGAUAUUCCACCUGAAGUUGUUCCCAUUGGGAUUAUGAAGAAAUCCUCACCUCGGUCUCAGCAAAGACGUGGUACUCCGGUAACAUCACCGAGAGGAGAUCCACUGACACCGGGCAGUGGGGGCUCCUUGAAAAUUGGCCGAAGAUCGCGUUCGAAGAGCCCGUUCCGUUCAUUUAGAUGGAAACGUGGUUCAUCGCGCACGAUUGAUGACGACGAAGAAGAUCGUCCAAGUCCAGGAGCUGAAGAUGGUGCUGUUGAAGGAAGUCUCACGAGGAAACACGAAUGGGAGAGUAAUAUGAAGAAGGCGUCCAAUCGAUCAUGGGAUAAAGUUUACUGUGUGUGCCGAAACGGACGAUUGUCAUUCUACAAGGACCAAAAGUCGGUGAAAGCUGUUCCAGAACAGACUUUCCGUGGUGAAGCACCACUCGAGUUAACUGGCGCCAGUGUUGAUGUGGCCAGUAACUACACGAAGAAAAAGCACGUGUUCAGAGUCAAAUUGGCGAAUGGGGCGGAAUUCCUUCUGCAAGCACACGAUGACAGUGAAAUGCAUCAGUGGGUGGCAGCUCUGAAAGCACAAUGCAACCAGGGAGCUGGUGGGGAGAGUCGCUCGCAGACUCUGCCAGCGUCACUACAGAAGGAGGAACAAAAGAAAAAAUCGUUCUUUACACUAAAGAAAAAUUAAAGAAAAGAAAUUGAAAAAAGCGUUCAGCAACAACGUGAGAAUAUUUUGUUCAAAUAAAAGGAAUAUAUUUUAUCAUAUGAUUCACAAUUUAAGUAAAUGAUAAUGAGAAAAUAUUAAUUCAAAAAGAAAAAAAUGGGAUACAAAAAAAUAUGAGAAUAAGGAAAAAAAAUAUAAAUUUAGGAGUUAAGAAAUUAAGAUGAGAAAAAUAGUAAAAAAAAAGAAAACAUAUGAAUUGUUGAAAAAAAAGAAACUCUAUUUCAGGAUAGAUCACAGAAGAGGUAUCCCAAAAGAAAGAUAUUUAUUGAAUGUGAAAAAGUUCGUUGCCGGAUAUUUUUAAAGUUAAAAGAAAAACAAAUUUUCUAAAUUUAUUUUGAAAAAGAUAUUCAUUUAUGUUUUUUUUGUCAAACUUCGUAACUCAUCCUCUAGAAAAUCAUUCUUCUUGUAAAAAAAGAAAAAAACGAAAUAAUUUUAAUUUUAAAAAUCGUCUUAUACAUUUCCCUUUAUUUGUUUAUUUCUCUCAGUUUUUAUAUCCUCAAAAUGAAUAUGUGAGUAAAGAAUAAAAAUGAAAUUUCCAUUCAAUGUAAUGUGGGUAAUCCUUUAGAUAAUAAGAAAUUAAUACUAAUAUUUUUGUAGAAUUUUAAAUUGAAUGUUAAGAGAUGAGGAUUAAUUUGAGGAAAAAAAAAGUAAUGAAAUUAUUUCGUUUGGAAAAAAAUUUUCAAUAUGUUUUUUUCUUCAUGAAAAACUCUAUUGAGAAUGAUUGAUUAAAAAAAAAAAGUAAUAACGGUAAGAAAAAAAGUUAGAAGAAAACAUCACAAGAAAUGUUAAGCUUUUCCAAUCUAAUGACUCUUUUUAAUUGAAUAUUUGCAAAUACUAUUUGAAACUUUUCACGAUAUUUUUUUGAGAAACUCGAUAGAAGAGGCAGUGCUGGAAAAGAAAAUACUUUGUUCAACCUUUUUUUUUUUUAUUUAGAUCUACUGAGCAAGCAUAAAUGCAGUAAAAAAUGUGUGUUCGAAAUAACGUAAAAAAUAAACAAGAAAAAAUGUCUAUAAAAUUAAAUUAUUUAAUGAGAAAAAGAGCUAUUUUAAAGAACUCUAUGAUAAUUUAUAUAUUUUUAUUCUUCCCCCCAAAAUAUUUUAAUAUAUUAUCCUUAGGAUUAAAAGUUUAUCCAUGAUAGAGAAACAAAAAAAAAUUGCAAUCUUCGCUAAAGCAAACAUCCGAUUGAUAAAAGAAAAAAAGUUUGAGAAAACAAAAUGCUUUGAAAAAGUAACUAAAAAUUGAGGAGAAGAAGUACAGUUUUGAGAGAAAUAAAAUAGUUUUUAAGAUGAAAAGAAAAAAAAAACGUCAUCCUACUGUGUAUUAUCAAUUUAUUAUUAAUUAUAAAACUGCCAGCUUCUCUAAAGAUGUUUGACAAAACAAAAGAAGUAUAAGCUUAAAUAUUGUGGGGCAAAGAUGGGUGAAUUUACAGCAACUUUAUUCGGAAGGUGAUGAGAGAAAAUAUUUCAUGCGAAAGGAAAAGUAAUUUUAAUUGCAAAAAAAAGUCAUUUAGUACAAAAAAAAAAAGGAAACGAGAAGUAGGGUCUGCCUUUAUGAUUUCUCCCAAUUCGACAUUUAUCGCAUUUAUUUUCACCCUAUUUUCCAUGCUUCGAUUUCACUGAAAUGAAAUUAAUAAUUUGGCAGUGAAAAGUGGACCUUGGAAGAGGAAAUAUUUGUAAAUUAAUCUGAAAAGGGUGAGAAACGAAUCCAUGCAGAAAUUCAUUGAAUCCAGUAAAUGUGUAUUUGAAAGGAAGUAAGGAGUUGUCACACUGAUUUGUCUCUGAACAAGAAAUAUUAUACAUUAUAUUAAAGCUUCUUAUAAAAUUAA